AUGGCUGACUGGAGCCCGCCGCAGGCAGCUGGCCAACAACACAAUCCCCAAACUUCACAAAUUUCGUACAACCAGCACCACGAUCCAACCCAGGAUCUGUUCUGGCCCGAGCCCAUCGACCAUUCUGCUUCCAAUCUCUCGUUACAACCAGAACCGAAACCGCAGCCUCAACCUUCACGCCCGCCCCUGAAACAACAUGUUAUCAAGAGACGCCCUGUCAAACCCAUAAUUUCCGACUCUUCUCCCCCUACCGGUGCCGCGAGUAACGAACCUGCUCUCUCACCUGUCAUCCCAUCUCCGCUGCGCAUCCGCAAACCUAAGAUUCCCUCCCCACAGCUGCCGAUGCGCUCAGUGCGCCUUCUGAUUGCCUCUCUGGGCAACCCUCCCCCAUACCAUUCUACACGUCAUUCGGCCGGGCAUAUCCUCUUGAAACAUCUCGCCUCGCACCUCAGUCUCCCACCGCUCACAAAGUCAAAGCUGCUCGGUUCCGGCCUCGUUAGUUCUGGCGCCGAUGUCGGUCGCGAUGAAUACACUCUCUGGCAAAGCGCAAGCAUGAUGAACCUUUCUGGACAGGGCGCGUUAAAAGCGUGGAAACAAUUCAGCAAUAUAUAUCCUCCAUCUGACGACACGGUGACAGCCUUGGUCAUCCUGCAUGACGAGCUCGAAUCGUCGCCUGGCGCGAUAAAGUUGCGCCGAGGCGAAUCUUCACCAAAGGGCCAUAAUGGGAUCAAAUCCGUGCAAUUGUCGUUGAAGUCUGCGGGGCUGUUAGCGUCGAUGGGAGAAAGAUUUAUCAAAAUCGGCAUCGGAAUUGGACGACCGGUAUCGCGAGAGAAAGAUGAUGUGAGUGCGUGGGUGCUGGGACAAUUGACCCAUGUGGAGAAGAGCAAGAUUGAGGCGGCCACAGAAAGUUUGGCCGCUGUGAUGCAGAGUGAGAUUCGGAGGUUGGAGAGGUCUUGA